AUGAUCCAAUCUUGUAUGUAUGCAUGCAUCUAUCUAUCUAUCUAUCUAUCUAUUUCUGAUUCUGGUCAUAUCUAUCUAUCUAUAAAUCUAUCGUUUGGGAUCGGAAGCAUCAAAAACUUUAAUAAUUCUUCUUCUUCUUCUUCUCCUCCUCCUUCUUUUUCUCCUCCUCCUCCUUCUUCUCCUCCUCCUUCUUCUUCUUCUUCUCCUCCUCCUCCUUCUUCUUCUUGUGACGUCGUCCCCGUUUUCUCAUUAUCUAUCUAUUUACUCAGUUUAUUCAUUAUCUAUCUAUCUAUCUAUCUAUCUAUCUAUCUAUCUAUCUAUCUAUCUAUCUAUCUGCUUACUCAGUCUACUCAUUAUAUAUUUACUCAGCCUUUCAUUAUCUAUCUAUCUAUCUAUCUAUCUAUCUAUCUAUCUAUCUAUCUAUCUGUCUGUCUAUCUAUCUAUUUCUGUUCAUAUCUAUCUAUCUAUCUAUCUAUCUAUCUAAGGCUCUGA